AUGCUGGUCGCGAGAAUCAGGGCUCGCCUCCACGCCUCAGCUGCCCAGGGCCCCACACCAAGCAGCAGACCUUCUUUUUGCGACAAUGACCGAUCCAUCGACAACAAGCCUCAUGCCGAGCCUCGGAACGAGCCUUGGAACCAGAGCAAGAAUUUGGGCCAGCCGCAGGAGAAAACGCGCACUUCUCGGCUGUUCGGAGGGCUGAUUCGGCGCUGCAGCCCUGCGCGAAGACACGAGAAUGCGCAGACGCCGCAGAAGCAGCCACGGCACCAACAGCAACAGCAGCAGCAUCAACAUCAAGGGCAACAUGAGUCACAAACUCAGCACAGGACGGCAACCACCCACUGCGCACAGCCAUCCGUACCGUACGCGCGCACGACGGAUCCGUCUGUCAGGGAGGCGGUGGCGCGUGCUUAUAGCGAGGUUGCUGGUACGUACGCCAGCUCGCUGCAUUUCGGCGGUAGUGCGGCGAGCGAAGGGUCAGAGGAGGUGGCUCAGGAGGUGAGGGGACACGUGGCGGCGGAAGGCGACGAACACGUGGUAGAGCAACGCAAAGAAUACGUGUCGAAAGACGGACACGUGGCAGGGGAAGGCAAAGGACACGUGGCAGCAGGUGACUUGAUCACGAGUGACAAGGGCGCGCUGGGCGUGAGUGGGCGGAGCAAGGCGGUGAGGAAGCCUAGGGAGCGGAUGGGGCCGGAGGUGGAGGAGUCAAAGCGGCGGAUUCUCGCGGCGUUCCUGCGAGACAUGGACGGCGCCGACAAGCCUGCCGGCCACGCGGCGAGCCCCGUGCAGGUUAACCGGCCGGGAGAGGAGCGGCCGUCGGGGGAAAUGGGGUGGCCAGGGGAGAUGGAGGGUGGUGGUGGUGGUGGUUCUGCAGCAGGGAAGGAUGCAGCAGGGGAGGCUGUGUGUGGUGAUGGGAUGCGGCAGGGCGGGAGUGCGGCGAAGGGUGUUGAUGACCAUGACACGUGUGACAGUGUCGAUGAGCGCUGUAACGGGGACGAGGACGGCGAGCACGAGCGCGACGAGGAGCACGUGUAUGAGAACGAGGAGUAUGAUAGCGAGGAUGAGGUCGAGGGGGCGGAUAAGAGCGACGCGCCAGUGGAUCUCGAGUCGCUCAUGGCCAUGAGCGGUCGCUCGCACCUCACGGGCAGGGCCGGCGCGCGAGCUGGGAAGACGAAUCGCGAGUACGAACAGGACGAAGCUGCGCUCGAAGUCGAUGCUGCUGCCGAUGCGGCUGCCCCGGUUCCUGCCGCUGAAGCUGCCUCCGCAGCAGCCAUUCGAACCGAGUCCCUCGCCGCGAAGACGCCCAGCGCCAAGGCGGAAGGGCGUGCGGACGCGAACGCGCAGGGUGGCACUCCCGGGUCGGUUCCGCAGUCUGGCGUUCCCCCCGCCUCGUCGUCCCCGUCUGGCUCGUCGAGCGACUCGCUCGAGCCUACCACGCCGGCCGACUCCAUCGCCAUGCUCAACUCCAGCUCCUCCGGCGACGAUUCCGGCGACUCCCCCACCAGCGACUCCCGCACGAGCGACUCCCGUUCCAGCGUCGUCCCCGCCGUAGGCAGCACCCGCCGCCUGGAUCCCGCUGGGCCGGCGGAAAGCGGUUCCGCCGCUGCGGACGGUAGGGUGCUGGGCGGAGGAACGAACUCGGGGGAUGCAGGGGGAGUGGGGGGAGCGGGUGGCGCGGAGAGAGGCUUCGGGGAAGAUGAGCUGGAGUCUGGGAAGCUGGAUGCUGAUGUGGGCGGUGCUGACGUGGCGGAUCCUGACGAGAUUGAGGCGAGUUAUGACGAGGGUGGCAGCGGGAGGAGGAGGAGGCGGUGGGGUGAUUGUGCGCCCGUGGGGAAUGAGGGAGGGGGGCGCACGCUAGGGGGGGGGACUGGCGCGGCGGAAGGAAGGGAGAUGGAGGGGAGUGCGGGCGGGGGAAGCUUGCGCUUGAGAUGGCUGGUAUUGGAGGAGGAGGAAGAGGAGGAGGGGGAGGAAGAGCAGGAGGAGGGGAAGGGAGAGGAGGAAUGGGGAGGUGAGGGGGAUGGGGGUGGCGACGCAGAAGGGACGUACGGCGAGGAAGCGGAUGAGAGCGCGGAGAGAAGGGAGUCCCUACUCCAUCCCCACUCGGAAGGGGAGUUUGAGCCGUGUGCAUCAUCCCUACUCCAUCCCCACUCGGAAGGGGAGUUUGAACCGCAUGCAUCCAUGCUCCAUGCUCCCACCGCCUUGCCUGCCCCCUCCACACCUCCGCUCUACGUUCUCUCGCCCUCUGUCCCCUCGCCCUCACCGGCCCCCUCGCACGAGGCCACGCAAGAAGCGCCCCAACCCACUCCGCAGCACCACACCCUGCCGCCAUCUCCUCAUGCUGCCAACCACGUACAGCCAAACGAUGCCGCCCCGUUCAGGCAGCAGCAGCAGGGCGGAAUGGUGGUGGCGGAGUGGGCGCAGCAACACGAAUACCACUAUCUGCAGCCGCCAAUGCAGCUGCCCGUCGUGCCCUCCCUGCACAGUAAUGAGGUGACUUUUGAGUCGACUCAAAAGUCGCCCAUGCAGCCGCCCAUGCAGCUGCCCAUGCAGCCGCCCAUGCAGCUGCCCAUGCAGCUGCCCAUGCAGCUGCCCAUGCAGCUGCCCAUGCAGACGCCCAUGCAGCUGCCCAUGCAGCUGCCCAUGCAGCCGCCCAUGCAGCUGCCCAUGCAGCUGCCCGCCGUGCCCUCCCUGCACACUGGAUCUGGGCCGUCAGAGGGGGUACCAGCGACUGAGGAGAAAAAGAUAGACGGUGGAGAAAGCAGUCGUUCGGGUGCUUCUGGUGUAGCUGCACACAAACGUGACUAUAACGAGACGUACGGUCAUGUGGAGGCCAGCUCAGAGAGAAGGAGUGAUGGUGGGAGAAGUGAAGGUGGGAUGAGCAAAGGGUCUGGGAUGGCCGGGAGGGAGGGGGGUGAGGGAGCGUUUGACAGUGUGUGGCUCGGCGCACUAGCAUUUAGAGAGACGCGCGGAGGGAGUGAGGGGGAAGAGGGAGAGGAGGAGGGAGGAGAGGAGAGGGAAAAAGAGGGAGCGGGAGAGGGAGGGGAGGUGGUAGGGCGGCUGGAUUUUGUGGAUGGUAGUAGAGCAGCGGGCGACAGUGGCAUGAGGCAGCACACUUAUAAUGAGGAGGCGGAUAUGGAGGAUGGGAAUGGGAGUGACGUUGGGGAUGGGGACGGAAACGAGGUUGGGGAUGAGGAUGAGAAUGAGGAUGAGCAUGGGGAUGGGGAUGGGGAUGAGGAUGGGGAUGAGGAUGGGGAUGAGGAUGAGAAUGAGGAUGAGGCGGAGCGUGUGUUUAUUGAGAUGGUGGGAGGGGAAGGAGUGGGGGGUGGACGAGAGUGGGACAGGGCGAAGGGAGGGGGGGAGAGGGAGGAGGAGAGCACAAGCGAUGAUGUGGAGGAGGAGAGUGAAAGAGGUGAUGUGAGCGUCGGUGCGCGUGGCACUGCGUUCUCUUCUCCGCCACUCGCACUCCCCUCAUACGCGCUCCACUCAACGCCAGCUGCCAUCUCGUCUUUCUGCACGUCCCUCCUCUCCCCUCCUCGCCCUCUCCCCUCCGCCCUCCCUAGUGCCGGCGCGGGAGGGAAACUAACAGCACCUGUAACAGCAGGAGCAGCAGAUGAGGCUACGUCUGCUGGGUCUGCGUUUGGUUCAUGCAGAAAGGCGGAGGUUGAGGAGAGGCAGGAGGAGUUUCAGCGGGAGGCUCGUGGAUGGAGCGGCAAAAUCUUGCAGCGGGAAGGCGUUGCCUUGAAUCGUGGUAGCCAGAGCGGGUGUUCUGGGGGAGGCUCGACAGCGAGCUGUGCGACUAACGGAGGUGCUACUAGUGAGGUUGGUGGGCGAGAGGAUGCUGCAUGUGAGGGUGCAAAGUGGGGCGAGGUGAGCAGCGGUGCGGAAGGGUUGAAGCUGGUGGCAGGAGCGGACAAGGAGCGAAGAGGCGAGAUGGAGGGGAGCGGAAGGGAUGAGAAGGCAGUGACGGAGGAGAAAAGCGGUGAGAGAGAGGGGAAUGGGCGAUCUGGGAGAGAGGAAGGGUCGAGAGGGGAACAGGAGGGUGAAGGAACGGAAUUUGAAGCCAGUGCACAAGGCGAGGAUGAAAGCGCAGAUGAGAAGGCGGUGACUGCAUUUGAGGAAGAGGAGGAAGAAGAGGAGGAAGAGGAGGAGGAGGAAGAGGAGGAGGAAGAGGAGGAGGAGGAGGAGGAGGAGGAGGAAGGGAAGGAGGAAGAGAGGGACGAGGACGAGGAGGAGGAGGAGGAGGAGGAGGAGGAGGAGGCUGGAGUGAGAAGUGGAGGUGCAGGCGGGGACGAACCUGCGAGUUCAGACGAGGUGACAGAGGAGUGCGAGGGCGCGCAGGAGGAGUGCGAAAGCGAGGCGGCGUGUGAGGUUGGCGCCAGAGUGGCAGUCGCGCUGCAGGGCUCGCAGGGGACGGGCGAGGGAGGCGAAGAGGCGGCUGCGGAGGCAGCAGCAGCAGCAGCAGCAGCGCUCGCAUGGGAAGCCGCCCUUGGGUUGACCCUGCAAGUCAGGAAUACGAGGAGUGGAGAGGGAGGCGACAGGGAGAGGACGUGUUUGAGGAGAUCGGCGCCUGGGGUGCUGCCUCUGGGGUUGUGGGCUUUGGUAGCAGCCAGCGAGGUAACAGCCAGCGAGGUAACAGCCAGCGAGGUAGCAGCCAGCCAGGCAGCAGCCAGCCAGGCAGCAGCCAGCGAGGCAGCACUAGCAGCAGCAGCCUCCCCCUCCUCCUUCCCCGUCCGCCCUUCUUCCCCCAACGACCCCACGCGCCCGUCCGCUCCUGGCCCCUAUUCCUCCCAUCCCUCCUCCCCCACUGCUUUUUCCGCCCAUCACAGCCGCCCGUCUUCCCCCACCUCCGCGCAUCUCAGCCGCCCGUCUUCCCCCACGUCCGCGCAUGCCAGCCGCCCCGCGUCCCCCACCAUCCCCCUGCCCGACCGCCCCUGGCUCAAAAGCUCCCUCCGCCGCAGCCUGGAGCGCGCCCAGGCUGCUCAGCUUGCAGCCGCCGCGCUGGCCGCGGUGGAGAGGGCGGAUGGUGGAGCGGUGGGGGAGGGGGCGGAGGGUGUGGCUGCGGGGGAGGGGGCGGAUGACGAUGGAAUGGGGAGCAGGGAUGGUAUGGGCACCGAAAUCCGUGGGGAAGGAGGAGUUUCCGUGGACAGGCGGGAGCAGGAGGAGAAGCAGGAGAUGGCGAAGCAGGAGAAGAAGCAGGAAGAUGAGAAUCAGGAAGAGGAGAAGCAGGAGGAGGAGAAGCAGGAGGAGGGGCAGGAGAAUGAUAAGCAGGAGGAUGAGGAGGAGGAGGAGGAGGAGGAGGAGGAGGAGGAGGAGAGGAGGAGGAGGAGGAGGAGGAGGAGGAGGAGGAGGUGGAGGAGGAGGAGGAGGAGGAAAAAUCUUGUGUGGCCUAUGGGGAUCACUGGCGUGGCAGCAGGUGGCAGCGUGGCAGGCCAGCACUGGCAUGUGAGCAGUGCUAUGGGGACUGCCAUGGGGACUGCCAUGGGGACUGCCAUGGGCAGCAGAGGAGCGCGGAUGGAGGGCAGGGACAGCCGAGUCAACAGCAGGGCCAACCACGUGGAGAGCAAACCCGCCCACGUGGGUGCUCAGGCUCGCCCUCACACUGCCCUGCAGCGCACUCCUCCCUCUCCCGCAGGUGGCCCCUCAGGUGGCCCCGCCAGUGCUCCUACAGGUGGUCAUACAGGUGGUCAACCAAUGCAGGCGCACCCAGGUGUGAGGGAGAGGCAGACCCCCCUUGCGGUGCCGGUUCCUGCCACGCCUCGUCUGCCAUUCAAGCUCUCCUCCAGAAAGGGCUUAGGCUCUGCUGCUCGGAAUGCCACACCUCCUCCCGCUGCUGCUGCUGCCUCUGCUGCUGCUGCUGCUGCUCCUGCUGCUCCUCCUGCUGCUCCUGCUGCUCCUGCUGCGGCUGCUACCCCUCGUGCUCCUGCUGCUGUUCCGGUGGUGCAGCAGAAGGCACAGCGUGGCACCACAGGCGUGGCUGGUACCGCAAGGCCAGCGGGAAGAACAGGUGCAGUGACAGGAGCAGCAGUGAGGAGAAGUGUGAGCGGGACAAAGGGUGGGGUAGGAACCGGAGGUAUGGUAGAGAUGGGAGAUGGGGCAGGAGAGGGAGGAGGGGGGGUGCAGGAGGAGGCAACGGCGGAGGUGGAGGAGAGCUGUGGGUCGUGCAGCUUGGCGGUGAGCAACAGUGUAAGGCACAGCCCGGGGGGAAGGGCCAACCAUAAGGUGAGGAAGCCUGACAGUGUGACACGGAAGAGUGCAGCUGCAGGGCAGAGGGCAGCGUGGAAAAGGCAAGAAGUAGCAGCGCCUGCUGGUAGUGGUGCUGGUGCUGGAGGUGUGAAGCGAGGAUCAGUAGCUGGGGCGAAGGGCGCUGGAGGGGCAACAGCAGCGGGGGCCGCAGUGGCUGGGCGCUUCCCUGCUCCUCCUGCUGCUGCUCCUGCUGCUCCUGCUCCUGCUGCUGCUGCUGGUGCCUCUAGAUUCUCGUCUGGGUCUGCUGGCGCAUCGCCCCGCCAUCCGCCACCCUCCAACCCCUUCCUCCAGACCCCACUCCACUCACUCGCCCCCACCAGCGCUGCCACCAGCACCUCCACCCCGCCUCUCUCCCCCCGCGCUCCCUCAGGCCCCUCCACCAACCCUGCUCUCGCUCCUCCCAGGUCCCAACCCACUAGCCCCCGUGUCCCUGCUAUGGGUGCUGCCGGCACGUCUCUCUCCCCGCCGCCCUCCCCGCGCUCCUUCCACGUGCUGCAGCUUGCCAUGGGGGGCACUCCCAAUGCCAGCCCUAUGCACCCCCUGGCGUCCUCCAUCUCAGGUGGUGCUCGCAGCCCUGCUGUUGGCCCCACUCCCGCUGCACCCCGCAGCCCUACAGUGGGGCCCUCCCCCCUUGCACCCCGCAGCCCUGCUUGUACGCCUGCAGUGCCUUGUGCUCCUCCUGUUCCUGCACACCCCGCUGCACCGUUUCAUACUCCUGUGAGUCCGCGGCACGGCAGUGCGGUUCUAGCUUCACCCACCCCGCCACACCCUACACAACAAGCGAUGCUGCAUGCGGGUAUGCACCCGUCCAACAUGCAUGGUGGCGCGUCCCUUGCGCCGCCCACCCCUGCACGCGGAGCUCAUCAAGGCAUGAUGCACGCGGGUUUGCAUGCUUCAAAUGCGCAUGGCGGCAUGCCCCAUGCAGGCGUGCGUGGCAGCAUGAAUCAGGCUGCUGUGUUUGGCAACUCCCAGCAAGCACAGCAGUACAUGCAGCCAGCACAACUUCACCAGCAGCAGCUGCAACACCAGCAAGAGCAGUACCAGCAGCAGCAGCAGCAGCAGCAGCAGCAGAGCCCGUACCGCAGCCGCCCGUGGCUCCAGCAGGAGAAUCGGCAGCCGUUCGUGGCAGGGCCUAGCCCCAGCCCACCCCGAUCGCCCUCCCCCCACGCCACUGCAGCCAUGCCCUUCGUCUCGGGUCCCAACCGCAGCCCUGCACGCACGCCUGUCGCCUACCACACUCCACCACCAGCAGCAGGGCCACUCAUGGCUUCUCCUGCUGGCUACAUUGGCAGCCCAAACCGCUGCCUUUCCCCUGUCCCCUUCUGCCCCUCGGGCAGCCCAAUGCAUGCUGCUGCUAUGUCCCCCAAUGGUGCUGGUUCUGCCAGCCCUGCCGGCGUCGGCACCCCUGACAAGGCCACCACGUCUUCGCGCUAUGCAUCUCCUCUGCCAGCCCGGGGCCCGGUGGGGAGUAUGUUUGUAGCAGGGCCCAGUAGAGGCAGCGCUGCUGCUAUGGUGGCGCGGAGGAAGCUGGAGGCCAAGGCUGCUGCUGCUGCUGCUGCUGCUGCUGCUGCUGCUGCUGCUUCUGGUGGUGGUGCUGCUGGUUGUGGUGCUGCUGCUGCUGGUGCGGCUGGUGCUGGUGGUGGUGGUUCUGGUGGUUGUGGUGGUGCACAGGGAAGUGAUGUGGUGGGACAAGGGUCAGGAGCAGGGGUUGCAGCAGUGACGGGAGGAGGUGGGACACUGGUUGGUCCAGGGGCAGGAGGAUCAGCAGCGAGUGUGGGAGCAAGUGCGGGAGGUGGUAAUGCAGUAGCAGCACAGGUGGGAGUUGGAGGAGUGUUGACAUCAUCAUCGGCCAUGAAUGCGCGACAGGGAUUCCAUGGAGGUCCAACAGCUCCAGUAAGUAUGCCUGGUGCUGGUGUAGUGCCGUGCAUGGGCCCUUCUCCUAUCAGCAGUAUAGCAGUGAAGGCUCCGCAUGCCCCCAAGGUGACACAGCAGCAGCUUCCCAGUCAUGUAGCUCCACCAAAUGUGCCUGUGAUUCCUCCUCUUAGUAGCUCCACCACUCGAGGGUGGUUUGGUCUGCCGGAAAUUGCCGGCAAAAUGGAGCGGAGACCGCCUACGUUAUCGCCCAGUUCGCCGUCCAAGUCGCACGGUCGUCGCAGCAGGCCGUGGUACAUCCAGCUGCUCGGCGAGCAUUUCCAAGGGGCGUACCUCCUCGUCGGCUUUCUCGUAGCAUCAGCCGUCUUCACGAUCAUGCCGGCUGGCUAUCCGCGACCGUCGCCGUUAGAUACCGGGUCGUCCACCGUUGGCGACAGCCAUGCGAUCUUCUCUGGCGUUCAGAGCUCGGCGGUGAGCCUCUACCGUCCGAAGACGCCGGAUCAUCGCUUCAUGGGGAAGAUCCCCCUCGGGGUUCGCCGCACGCCGCUGCGAAUCGUCGUUACUGGCGGAGCUGGCUUUGUGGGCAGUCAUCUGGUGGACAGGUUGAUGGAGCGGGGCGACCACGUGAUAGUGGUGGACAACUUCUUCACGGGGCGCAAGGAGAACGUGCAGCACCACUUUGGCAACCCGCGCUUCGAGCUCAUCCGCCACGACGUCGUGGAAGGACUGCUGCUCGAGGUCGACCAGAUCUACCACCUCGCCUGCCCCGCCUCGCCCGUUCACUAUAAGCAUAAUCCCAUUAAGACUAUCAAGACGAAUGUGGCCGGGACUAUGAACAUGCUGGGGCUGGCGAAGCGAGUGGGGGCGAGGUUUCUGCUGACGAGCACCAGUGAGGUGUAUGGAGAUCCGCUGGAGCACCCGCAGACGGAGGAGUACUGGGGCAACGUCAACCCCAUUGGGGUGCGCAGCUGCUAUGAUGAGGGCAAGCGAGUGGCAGAGACACUGACCAUGGACUACCACAGAGGGGCGGGGGUGGAUGUGCGCAUUGCGCGCAUCUUCAACACUUACGGCCCGCGCAUGUGCAUUGAUGAUGGCCGCGUUGUCAGCAACUUCGUUGCUCAGGCGCUGCGCAAGGAGGCGAUGACGGUGUAUGGCGAUGGGAAGCAGACGCGCUCCUUCCAGUACAUAGACGACCUGGUGGAGGGACUCAUGCGCCUCAUGGACGGGGAGCACGUCGGCCCCUUCAAUCUUGGGAACCCGGGCGAAUUCACCAUGCUUGAGUUGGCCGAGGUGGUGAGGGAGGUGAUAGACAAGACGGCGAGCAUAACCUUUCAGGAGAACACGGCAGACGAUCCGCACAAGCGCAAGCCAGACAUCACACGCGCAAAGGAGCUGCUGGGCUGGGAGCCCAAGGUGGCGCUGCGGCAGGGCCUGCCCCUCAUGGUGGAGGACUUCCGACGCCGACUGUUUGGGGACGUGAAGGAGAGCCGACAGAGCAUUGCCGCUCAGGAGGAGGCGAAAUGA